CACACUCAGGCUGUGCUGUGCAGGUGAUGCUCUCACCAGCACUGUGACUUUGGCUGUUAGAAACAAGACCAUGGACGGCGGUAAACAGCUGAGGGUCACCAUCGCUUUCAGCCUUCCUCUCAUUUUUCAGUUCUGUGCUGGGAACAACGUCACCGACGACUAUGACGCCAACACCACCAUUGACUACAACAUGUUUGAGAUGAUGUGUGAGAAGAAGGAGGUCCGUGAUUUCCGUGCUGCCUUCCUCCCAGCCAUGUACUCCCUCAUCUGCUUCACAGGGCUGCUGGGAAAUGGGCUGGUGAUGCUCACCUACAUCUACUUCAAGCGGCUGAAGACCAUGACAGACAUCUACUUGCUGAACCUGGCCCUGGCAGACAUCCUGUUCCUGCUGACCCUCCCAUUUUGGGCCACAAGUGCAGCCACGUUCUGGUGUUUUGGAGAAUUUGCCUGCAAAGCAGUCUACUGCAUCUGCAAAAUGAGCUUCUUCAGCGGGAUGCUGCUCCUGCUGUCCAUCAGCAUCGACAGGUACUUUGCCAUCGUUCAGGCUGCCUCGGCCCACCGCUUCCGUCCCCGAAUGAUAUUCAUUAGCAAAGUCACGUGCAUCCUCAUUUGGCUCCUGGCCUUCGUUCUCUCCAUCCCCGAGCUGGUUCACAGUGGUGUAAAUAACUAUGACAGCCAUCCCCGGUGCUCCAUCAUUGCCAGUGACUUGCAGACUUUCAGCACUGGCAUCAAAGUGUCCCAGAUGGUUUUUGGCUUCUUAGUUCCCCUGGUGGUCAUGUCUGUCUGCUACCUCAUCAUUAUCAAAACGUUACUCCAGGCCCGAAACUUUGAGAAGAAUAAAGCCAUCAAGGUGAUCAUUGCGGUGGUCAUCGUCUUCGUCGUCUUCCAGCUGCCCUACAACGGUGUCAUGCUGGCCAAGACCAUCUCAGUCUUCAACAACACCAGCUCAUGCGACGAGAGCAAGAAGCUGGACAUGGCAGACGAUGUGACCUACACUCUAGCCUGCUUCCGAUGCUGCCUCAAUCCCUUCCUCUAUGCCUUCAUAGGCGUCAAAUUCCGCAACGACCUCUUCAAGCUCUUGAAGGAGCUGGGCUGCCUGAGCCAGCAGCGCCUCUGGCAGCUGUCCUCCUGCCGGGAGAGCAAGAGGUUUUCCUUUGCCAUGGAGACAGAGACAACUACCACCUUCUCCCCAUGAGGAGAGGUCCAGGGAGGCUGAAGGCCGGUGUCGUUUUGUACAUUGCUUCUAUUUUGAAUUACUGAUAGAGGAAGACUUGCCAUUACUUUAGAAAGGGCAGCUGUGAGAGGAAGACCAAAGAACCUUUCCAUAUCUCAGUCAACAAGCAUUGCUAUCCAAUGUUUUCAUGGACGGAGAGACUUCAAUACAAACUGUGACUAACAGUGAAGGGAGAGGGAGACCAGUGAGCUCAGGAUUCAUCAUGCCAUUUCACCCUUAUUUCCUAGCCCAAAUCAGAAAUGCUCAAAAUGGCACAUUUGCAUUAAAAGCAACAAAUAGGAAGAGAAGUGGACAUACGUGCUACAGAAUUACUUGUUCAGAGCUGGAUUUCCAAGAGCACUGUCCUCGCUUUGCGUGUUGCAUUUAAUAAGCCUUCCUGUUGCUCUUCCACACGUACAGAAAUGAUGCUCAGUGCACUGAUGCAGCACUGAAGACAGAACAGCUCAGCAGCCCCAGGCUUCCAACGCAGCACAACGUGCAGUGUAAGCUGUCCUAUCCCAGCAUAGGACUCAGCUCUGCCUUCCUCCAGAGACAGUGAGAAAGUUACAGAACCAAUACUGAAUUCAUACAUAUAAUGUUCAUGAUUUCAAUAACUGCAUGUUGUUGUAGCAUCUCAGGUUUGUCCACUUCCCUUCUGCCUGCAGAACAACAUUUGGUGUUUCAGCUCCUAAGGAAUAAUGCUUAUUGCCUCCCAGUGUUUACUUGCACUCUUUGGGAAUGCUGCUUCACUUUGGCAAUACAGUCUUCUUCAGCUUCUGAAAGGGCACCUGCCUGCAUGAGGGCUGAAGCAGAGCUAGCUAGCAUAGCUUAGAUUCCAAGUUUUGCACAGAGGAGUUAUUUACAGGUACCAAAGAGCUGAGGCCUCCCCGCUCACCAGCCACACAAACCUGAACCAAGAAAAGACACUUCAGUGACAGGAACUUAAACAUGAUUUUAGCAGCCAGUCCUUCAGCCUGUCCUCACCUCAGCCUUACUUUCUGGCACACCAAGGGAGCCUUUAACCAAUGUGCCUGAUGUGAAGGGCUGUGUUUUGGCAGAGUACUGCCAGAACGCUCAGCAUCCAAGCCCAGGGCAAGUCUGAAUAUCUUUCUUCGUGCAAGACUUAGAUGAGAACAAAGCUGUGCCCAUGGUCUGACCGCUGCAGUGCGUCAGAAUCCAAAGCUUGCUCCUCUCCAGCCGUAUCAGCUGUGUGGACACAGCCUGCUGAUUGUCACGUACAUGUGGGAGCUUUCUGUGCUAUUGCUUGCUGACCUCAAGAGAUAAUACCGCACGCGUGGGUUUUCUUCUCCCUUACCAACCACUGUGUCUUUCUAGAAGAACUUUAGCAGCUGUCUUUUUUAUAAGUCAGAUAUGUAUUUCACUUAUAAGCUACUGAAAAUGUGCAUUCAUUUAGCAUUCAUGCUGUCACUUCUAAUCACGAUGCCAUUCACUGCAGUUUGAUUUAAGCGCAGAGGACAGUCACGUGUUGCAGAUCACUGCCAGGGUCACAUACCUGGAAGGAACAUGGCAGCUGAACUGAUGAUUGCCAUGGAAAACACAGCCUUGAAAGGAAGCCUUGGACGGGAUGGCAGCGGCGCAUUGACCAAAGGAUGACCAAAGGACAUCCGAACCUCAGCUGGGGAGCGGCUGCUGCAAUCCUCUGUGCAUCUGUUAGUGAUUUGCGAGCUCUGCUCCCCACAGCACACAGCCCUCCCCAGAUCCAGACACCGUGGCAGAAUUCCUUGUCAUGGACUGCUGGCAGAGACCCAAUGCGGUGGAUGCACCCAACCCCACCUCCCACAGCAGCGGUUGGACAGCUCUGAUUUGUGUACCUGUGAGGCACAUUCCCGUGGCCAUACAGAGCCAUGCAGGGCAAACACAUCCUUACAGCCACUUCCUUCUGGAGCACUCACAGAAACACUUGCAGUGACACAGGGAACUCUGCAUCACAGCUCAAAAAACACGACGCAAUCAGCCUUCGGAACCCAACGGCAGUUUCUGAGGUGCUGUCAGGGACACAGCUGCCCACCACCGCCUCAAAAAUGCUUCCCAGAGCAGCUGAUUUGGGGUGUGGGGUUUCGCCACGGGCUGAAUUCAGGAGAAAAGCACUGCUCUGAAUAACCCGUCUACACUGAAUGGCGAUCCCACCCUCCUGUUCCAAACGUUUUCUUUUAUAAUGCCCAUUUAACAUGCACAGUAAAUGCUGCUUCUCAAUCAUAUUAAAGGGGGGUUAAGACUGGCACACCAAAUAGCCCUUUGUCCUUGUUUUCCUCCUAUGUUUC